AUGAGCUUGAAAAAUCCUAGCUCAUCGCAGACCCACGACAACAACAGAAACGCAUACCAGGAGAACCGCAUGGCGUCUUUGCUGUCAGAAUAUGAGUCUCAUGACACUCUCUCGUUUGUGAAAAGUACGACGCCGACUCCGGGGGCCAGCGAGGGAAUCCUCGCGCCGUCGAUCGACGAAGUGGACUCCAACCCGGAAGACCUGCGAUACCUGCGCGGAAAAGGCCGUUAUUUCGGUGUCGACGACCCUUCAGACCCUAGUCUCGAUGCAGAGCCGAAGUGCAAUAACUGCUCGCAGCGUGGCCACCUUAAGCGCAACUGCCCACAUGUGAUCUGCGCGUACUGCGGUAUCAUGGAUGACCAUUACACGCAGCAGUGUCCGAAGGCCAUUAAGUGCGCCAAUUGUGGGGAGGAGGGCCACUACCGGAGUCAGUGCCCGCGUCAAGCUAGACGCAUCUACUGUACAGAGUGCAAUAGCAAGAACCACGCUCGAGAGCGGUGCCCAAGCAUCUGGAGGAGCUAUUACCUGCGUGAGAGGACCUUUCAUCGCACACUGCAUAUAGAGCGCGUGUUCUGUUACAACUGCGGCCAUCAGGGCCACUUUGGAGAUGAUUGUAGCAUGCGCCGGUCCUCCAAGGUGCCUAACGAGGACGGAAGCGCCUUUUCUGGCGAAAAUUUACCACAGGAGUUGAAAGCUGAGUACUCGCGCAACCUGAAGGAAAGUCGGCUGCGAUUCACCCAAGAGUUCACCUUCGAUCGCCGUCAGCGACUCGCAGCGCCGUUGGGCGAAGGACUAGUAGGGAAACGCGAGGACACUGCCAGCUCGCGCCGGAACUCCGAGCGAAAAAAACGAAACAAGCCUGACUUUGGGGCGCGUCCUUCUCAAGGAUUUCCGAAGCCCGCUAGGAAUGUCUCUGAGCCGUUCAAGCGGAAUCCGCCCGGUCGCCGUCCACAGAAAUCUUUCCGGGCCUCAUCGCAGGGAAACCGCGGUGGGCGCGGAUCUUCACCAGGGGCUUCAAACUCGUCGUGGGGAGACUUUGAGCCACUAAGAGGCUCGCGGGCGCAUAAUAAGCCCUCGCAACGCUCCUCUAAAUUCUCGCAACGCUCCAACAAGUCCUCACAGCGGUCGGCCAAACCUUCUUCGCCGCGGAACGCGUUUCCUUUCAAGAAGCGGAAGAAAGGCCCGGGGUGA